AAAGGAUAAUGCUUUGCUGUCUGCCAUUGAAGAGUCCAGGAAACGGACCUUUGCUUUGGCAGAGGAAUAUCACCGGGAAUCAAUGCUGGUCGAGUGGGAACAGGUGAAGCAACGGAUCCUCCAUACGCUGCUGGCUUCUGGAGAAGACACUCUGGAUUUCACCCAGGAAACUGAGCCUAGUUAUGUCAGUGAGUUGCCUCCACCAGGUCGCAGUUCCCUGGAUAACACAGAGAUGGCAUAUGCCAGACAGAUUUAUAUGUACAAUGAGAAGAUUGUGAAUGGACAUCUUCAGCCUAAUUUGGUAGACCUCUGUGCUACUGUGGCAGAAUUGGAUGAUAAGAACAUUGCUGACUUGUGGGCCAUGGUGAAGCAAAUGACUGAUGUUCUACUGGUUCCUGCAAGCGACGCGUUGAAAAUACGGACAAGCAUGGAGGUGCAGAUGGAGUUUGUAAGGCAGGCCUUACAAUAUCUUGAGCAAAGCUACAAGAACUACACCUUGAUGACAGUCUUUGGAAAUUUGCACCAAGCCCAGCUGGGUGGAGUACCUGGAACCUAUCAGCUAGUCCGCAGUUUCUUAAACAUCAAACUUCCAGUGUCUGUUCCGGGGCUGCAGGACGGGGAAGUGGAAGGUCACCCAGUUUGGGCAAUCAUUUACUACUGCAUGCGAUGUGGGGACCUGAUGGCCGCCAUGCAAGUGGUUAACCUGGCUCAGCACCAGUUGGGAGAUUUCAAAACCUGGUUCCAGGAGUACAUGCACAGCAAAGACAAAAGGCUUUCUCCUGCCACCGAGAACAAAGUUCGCCUCCACUACAGACGGGCUUUGAGAAACAACACUGACCCUUACAAAAGAGCCGUGUAUUGUAUCAUAGGCCGGUGUGAUAUUGCUGAUAACCACAGCGAAGUUGCGGACAAAACCGAAGAUUAUCUUUGGCUGAAGCUGAAUCAAGUAUGCUUUGACGAGAACGGUUCUAGCGCACCGCAAGACAGGCUGACUUUGUCCCAAUUCCAGAAACAGCUGCUUGAAGAUUAUGGCGAGUCGCAUUUUGCCAUGAACCAGCAGCCCUUCCUCUACUUCCAAGUCUUGUUCCUCACCGCCCAAUUUGAAGCUGCCAUCGCUUUCCUUUUCCGCACCGAACGCUUGCGUUGCCAUGCGGUGCACGUGGCCUUGGUUCUCUUUGAACUGAAGCUGUUGCUGAAAUCUUCUGGGCAGACUGCACAACUCUUGAGCCAUGAGGCUGGUGAGCCUCCGGCCACGCGGCGUCUGAAUUUUGUCCGUCUCCUGAUGCUAUAUACCCGCAAGUUUGAGUCCACAGACCCCCGUGAAGCCUUGCAGUACUUCUAUUUUCUCAGGAAUGAGAAGGACAGCCAGGGCGAAAACAUGUUCCUGCGUUGUGUGAGCGAGCUGGUGAUUGAGAGCCGAGAGUUUGACAUGAUUCUUGGAAAACUGGAGAACGAUGGCAGUAGGAAGCCUGGAGUUAUUGACAAGUUUACCAGAGACACCAAGCCGAUUAUUAAUAAAGUGGCCUCAGUGGCAGAAAGCAAAGGAUUGUUUGAAGAAGCUGCCAAACUGUAUGACCUCGCCAAGAACCCCGACAAAGUCCUUGAGCUGAUGAACAAGUUGCUAAGCCCUGUGGUGUCUCAGGUCAGCGCUCCCCAGUCUAACAAGGAAAGGCUGAAGAACAUGGCCCAUGCCGUUGCGGAGAGGUAUAAAGCACAAGGAAUAAGUUCCAAGAAGCCAAUGGACUCAACCUUCUAUCUCCUGUUAGACCUGAUCACCUUUUUUGAUGAGUAUCACGCUGGCCAUAUCGACCGGGCCUUUGAGAUCAUUGAGCAGCUAAAAUUAGUUCCACUGAGUCAAGAGUACGUGGAAGAGCGAGUCGCAGCCUUCAGGCAUUUCAGCGACGAAAUCAGGCACAAUUUGUCAGAGGUGCUGCUUGCCACAAUGAAUAUCUUGUUUACCCAGUAUAAGAGGUUGAAAUGUGCCAGCCCAGCCACGCCUGCUAGGCCCACCCGGGUCAGUGAGGACCGAGAUUCGCAACUCCGAUCUCAAGCUCGGGCACUCAUCACCUUCGCCGGGAUGAUCCCCUACAGAACGUCAGGGGACACCAACGCUCGGCUAGUCCAGAUGGAGGUUCUCAUGAACUAACUAGGCAGGGAAGUGGGUUCUUUUGCGCGCACGUUGAAAGGGUGAUGGUGACGGGCCUCCGGUUUAAUUUUCGUUUUCUUUUUUUGUACGCAUUUCCCCUCCAGCCCAAUAAAUAAUUUCUUUGGAUUUAUA